AUGUCGUGGGCAGGGCAGAUGGGGCGCACCCGCAGCGCCGCCACCGCCCCUGCCGUGGGCGACCUCCGUGUCACCUGUGCCGCCCCCUCCCCCGCCCUCUGCCCGUCCAUCGGCGGAACCGCGGCGGCGGACGACGACAAUAUCGCCGCCGUCGAUUGCUCGGCUGUUUCCGCGGCAGCAACGGCAGACGCCGGCGCCACCUGCGCCGCACCCCCCAUUUCACCCCUUCCCGAUCCGGGCGCCACCCCCGCCCCUGCUGUCCCCACCCCCACUGGCGCUCCUCGACCCCCUACGGAAGCCGUCGCCGUGGCUCCAAACUCUCUGUCGGUUCUCUCGCUAACGCUGCCGCCAGCCCCCCGCCCACCCCCCGCAUAUUAA